AUUUGUUUUAUUAAGCGAAACGUGAGAUUUGUUGUGUAUGACAACAAGCGCCAAUACAAAUUCCUAUCAGAAAUGAGCAAGAUCAAAUUUGCAACUGAUGUUGAGAAAUCAGUCAUAACAAGUAAUUUCGAAGCAAGAGGAUGGAUUUCUACAAACCCUGAUGAGGACUGGAAUAUAUUUUGGGCAUCUGUCCAAAGCGUACGUAUGCUGUUCAACAGUGACACGUCAUACAGAUUAUCUGAUAACCAGGUUUUUGAUUUCGGUUUGUAGAAGUAACGUUUUCAGGUUGUAAAUCACUUUCCGAAUCAUUUCGAGCUGACUAGAAAAGACCUUAUGGUGAAAAAUAUCAAGCGUUAUAGACGUGAAUUAGAGAGGGAUGGUAAUCCGUUGGCUGCUAAAGAUGAAGCUGGAAAGUAUAUUUACCUAGACUUCAUUCCGGUCACUUAUAUGCUACCACAGGACUACAACUUGUUUGCUGAGGAGUUCAAAAGAAACCCUUCGUCCACAUGGAUUAUGAAGCCUAGUGGGAGAGCACGAGGUGUUGGUAUAUUCCUAAUUAAUAAACUGUCUCAGCUUAAACGGUGGUCUAGAGAAGGAAAGUCAAAUUUUGGUGGCACGACACCAACGUGUGGUAAAGAUUCAUAUGUGAUUUCAAAGUACAUUGAUAACCCCUUGCUCAUUGGAGGUAAGAAGUUUGAUUUGCGUUUGUAUGUCCUUGUAACUACAUUCCGACCACUGAAAGCAUAUAUUUACAAAUUAGGAUUCUGCAGAUUCUGCACUGUAAGGUAUAAUUCAGAUGUUAAUGAAUUAGAUAAUAUGUUUGUCCACCUUACCAACGUUUCAAUCCAAAAACAUGGAGUACAUUACAACAGUAUUCAUGGAGGUAAAUGGACGACAGAGAACUUCCGUCUGUGGUUGGAAGGUACAAAAGGGAAACCAGUUGCCGAUAAACUGUUUGAUGAGAUAUACUGGAUAGUUGUACACUCUCUGAAGGCAGUGGCAAACGUACUGAUAAACGAUAGACACUGCUUCGAGUGUUAUGGCUAUGACAUAAUAAUUGACGACAAUUUUAAGGCCUGGCUAGUUGAAGUUAAUGCAUCACCGUCCUUGUCAGCCACGACGGCAAGUGAUCGUAUUUUGAAGUAUAAAUUAGUAAAUGAUGUUGUCAAUAUUGUCAUACCAAACGGGGCCAUCCCAGAUGUAAAAUCUAAUAAAACUGUGUCGAAAGAACAGAUGGGGCUGUUUGAUUUGUUAUACGAUGAAGAAAAAGCCCAUGAGGAGUCAACUGGAGUUACAUGUCCUCAACCAUGUUAUCAGCACUUAAGCUCUUCCGGAAGCACUUCUAACCAUAUUGUUUCUCAAGCAGCACCAAGAGGAAGGCGGGAAAGUCGGGUAAGUACGUCCAAGAUUUCAGCUCAAAAAUAAAUUUCAAAUCAGUCAUUAAAAUGAGCUCGAAACAAAACCUCUCUACUCUUUAUUUAUUGACAAUACGGUAACAAAUGUCUAUGAAUUUGGGUCAAAAAUGCAUUAACAAUCUGAGAAUCAAAUAUUGGAAACCUUCACUUUCAAAAUCAUUUAUGUUUAUGACUGAGAAAAAA